UCUUCCCAAACUAGCGGUGACGUCCCCGCCGCUGUCGUGAUGCAAAAACCAUCGCCACCGCCACCGCCAUUCAGCAAGUCCAAGGAGAUCAAGUCGCCGCAGCCCAUGGCGUCCACCACGUCGCUCCAGCGCAAGAAGCUCGGCUCCCACUUCCUCGCCAGCGACGAGCGCCGCUUCGCCGCCGCAGCCGGCGCGCCCAACGCGAUCGGCACCACGCCGCUGGACAUCCGCGGCGCGCCGAUCCCGGAGCGGGACCUCCCGCGCACGGGCGGCUGGGUGGCGGCCUUCUUCAUCUUCGGCAACGAGACGGCCGAGCGGAUGGCCUACUACGGCCUCUCCGUCAACAUGGUCGUCUUCCUCUUCAAGGUCAUGCACCUCCCCUUCGCCGCCUCCGCCGGCGCCGUCAACACCUUCCUCGGCAUCUCCCAGGCCUCCUCCGUGCUCGGCGGCUUCCUCGCCGACGCCUACCUCGGCCGCUACUGGACCAUCGCGGGGUUCGCCACGCUCUACCUGCUCGGCCUCGUGGGCCUCACCCUCGCCGCCACCCUCCCGGCCCUCGUGCCCUCGCAGCAGGGCUGCGACACGCUCGCCAUGCUCCUCGGCGGCUGCCAGCCGGCCGAGCGGUGGCAGAUGGCGUACCUCUACGCCGCGCUCUACGUCACGGCGUUCGGCGCCGCGGGCAUCCGGCCCUGCGUGUCAUCAUUCGGCGCCGACCAGUUCGAUGACCGGGACGUGAACUACAAGCGCCGGCUCGACCGCUUCUUCAACCUCUUCUACCUCGCCGUCACCGUCGGCGCCAUCGCGGCCUUCACCCUCGUCGUGUACAUCCAGAUGCACCACGGCUGGGCGGCCGCGUUCGGCGCGCUGGCCAUCGCCAUGGGCGCCUCCAACGCGCUCUUCUUCGCCGGCACGACGCUGUACCGCCACAAGGCGCCGGGGGGCAGCCCGCUCACCAGGGUCGCGCAGGUGCUCGUCGCCGCCUUCCGGAAGCGGCACGCCGGGUUCGACAGCGGCGGCUACGUGGGGCUCCACGAGGUGGCCGGGCCCAAGUCCGCCAUCCGCGGCAGCGCCAAGAUCGAGCACACCGACGACUUCCGCUGGCUCGACAAGGCCGCGCUCCGGCUCGUCCAGGACGGCCACGAAGAUGGGGAGAUCGACCCGUGGCGGCUGUGCACGGUGACGCAGGUGGAGGAGGUGAAGAUCCUGGUGCGGCUGCUGCCGGUGCCGACGUGCACGAUCAUGCUCAGCGUCGUCCUCACCGAGUUCCUCACGCUCUCCGUGCAGCAGGCCUACACGCUCAACACCGCGCUCCCGCUCUUCGGCUCCCACCUCCCGGUCACCUGCAUGCCCGUCUUCCCCUGCCUCGCCAUCUUCCUCCUCCUCGCCCUCUACUACCACACCUUCGUGCCGCUCGCCCGCCGCCUCACGGGACACCCGCACGGCGCCUCGCAGCUGCAGCGCGUCGGCCUCGGCCUCGCCUUCUCCAUCCUCUCCGUCGUCUGGGCGGGCGUCUUCGAGCGCUACCGGCGGCGCUACGCGGUGGAGCACGGCUACCUGGGGCUGUUCCUGACGCCGAUGCCGGGGCUCACCGCAUACUGGCUGCUGAUCCAGUACUGCCUCAUCGGCAUCGCCGAGGUGUUCUGCCUCGUCGGCCUCAUCGAGUUCCUCUACCAGGAGGCGCCCGACGCCAUGCGCAGCGUGGGAUCAGCCUACGCCGCAGUCGCCGGCGGGCUCGGGUGCUUCGUGGCCACCGCGAUCAACAACGCCGUCGACGCGGCCACGGGGAACGUAGUGGAGGGGAGGCCGUCGUGGCUCGCGCAGAACAUCAACGUCGGCAGGUUCGAUUAUUUGUACUGGCUGCUCGCCGUGCUCAGCGCCGUCAACCUCGCCGCCUUCCUCUACUUCGCCAGCAUCUACCAGUACAGAUCAUCACCUCAGGCAACUACCGCCAACAACAACAAGGAGCAGGAGAUCUACAAAAUAUAGCAAUUUUUUUUGUAGUGACUACCUUUCACUUGG